AUGACUAUCAUUGUCGUCGCAGGAGGAACUCGCGGGAUCGGCCGAGCAAUUGCUGAGGCUAUCAAUCGCAAGGGCGGUUACUACGUCAAGAUACUGAGCAGAUCUGCCAAUCCGGCCCUUCAAGAGGAGACGGGAAUUGAGGUCAUUCCAGUUGACUACAGCAGCGUCUCAGUGUUGACAAAGGUCUUCGACGACAAUGAAAUCCACACAAUAAUCUCAACCCUGUUCGUGACUUCAGAUGGCUCUCCUCAGGUGAACAUGAUACGUGCCGCCGAAGCCUGCGUCCAUACGAGGAGUCAAGUAACUGAGAGGCAGAUGACUAUUGGUCAAUCGAAGCUCGAUGCGGUGGAAGCCCUCGAAAACUCCUCUCUGGAGUACACCUUGUAUUACGUGGGCUACUUCCUAGAUUUCUGGGGAUACCCACGCGUGCAAACAUACCAGGUACAAAAUAUUAUCGUGGUCGACAUCGAGAACAACAGGGCCGUCAUUCCUGGCAAAGGUGACACCCCCGUUACCUUCACGCAUACCUUAGAUGUUGCGGAAUUUGUGGCAGCAAGCUUAGAGCUCCCCAAGUGGGAAAAGGAGAGUUAUGUUAUCGGCGAGAAUGUGACGUGGAACGAAUUUCUGCGAAUUGCGGAAGAAGUCAAAGGCGUCAAGUUUGAGGUUACCCAUGACGAUAUCGACUUUCUCAAAUCUGGCAAGAUCACCGAGUUACCUUCGCACCCGUCCCUGUACAGUGUGAUGCCAAAAUAUCAACUUCAGGCACUUUUCGCCACCUUUGGUAUCUGGUUUGAAGAAGGACUGUAUCAUCUUGAGCCCGAGACAACUCUCAAUCAGUUGUUUCCAGGUAUCAAGGCGCGAACUGUGAAAGAAGUCAUCCAGGCUGGGUGGGGUCAGAAGAACUGA